AUGGAAACCCUUGUGAAGGAAGACAUGGGAGGAACACAUCGAACCUUACUGUGUCAAGGACCCGUGGAACUCACAAGCGGCAAGAAAAUGAAAAAAAGACACCUAUCCUUAUUUGAUCAUGUUUUGGUUGUGUCUAGUAACCUGAAUAAGAAAAGGUUUAAGAUAAAAUGCAUCCUCCCUCGGAAUAACCUUUGGGUCGUGGAAAACGUGGAACUAGUCAGAAAAAAUCAAACCUGUCCUUGCAAGAACCUUUUCCUGUUUUGGCCAGAUGGAAAUUUUUUGGCCUCCUUUCAUUCGAUUGAACAGAAAGAUCCCUGGUACUAUUUUCUCAGAAGAUCCAUUGAUUCAGUGAAGAAGAAUGUCAAGAAACGUUUCUCACUGAAAAUAUUCACUGAGGAUAUCCCAAGCUGUGAUAGUCCAUUAUGUGUAACAGCAACAAACAUUGAUACUGUGAAUGAUAUAAUUGAGAAGUUACUACCAAUGAUAAGAAUGCCUAACAGGGAAGAUUACCAACUGUGGUUCUGUCCUGGCCGUGAGGAAGCUCCAAGAGCACUCCAAAGCUAUGAAUAUCCACACAAAAUUUUAAUGACCCACCUUCAAAAUAACUGCAAGAGAUGGAACUCAAAAAUUUCCACAGCUUUUCCCAUCUUGCCUGGGUUGUUUGUGAAGGACCUAAUCUUGGAUAGAGAGGGGCAAUUUAUCUUAAAGCCCCGAGAAGCCAGAAGCAGGCAGCAAAGUGAGUUCUCCAUUUUUCUUCAAAUAUCUAUUAUACAAACCAUGAUUGACAACUAUGUAGAUAUAUUUGGAGCUGAGGACCAUAUCAUUGGUGACCAUAAUCAAAACAGCUCAGAUGACAUAAAGAUGUCAGUAAAUACUGCUGCAAGUGAGGGAUUGGACCUCAGGAAGCUUCCAGCCAAUGGGAAGUCUGGAGGCGGGGCCUGUGGAGCGCAGGGCCUAUCCUGGAAGUGUGGCCGCGGCGGGGCGGGACCGGGCGAGGCGGGCCGAGGCGGGGAGCCUGGUGUUGGAAGCAUGGAGGCCCCGCCCGGUCUCCCGAACCAGCCGUUGUCGCCAGCGCCUCUGCAGUCUCUGAGACUGGAGAUUGCCACAAAGAUGUGCAGUGUGGGGCGGAAGGUGAAGUCCUGGGGUCGGGCCUGCGGGGCAGGGCGGGGCAGCGGGGAAUGCAAGUGUACCAUGUUUCCUGCUGUUCUCGCCUCUGUUAGAUACAUCUUGUUGGAAUUGACAUUUUCACUGGCAAAAAAUAUGAAGAUAUUUGUACCUCUACUUCCAAAUAUUAAGAGAAAUGAUUAUCAAUUUGAAGUGCCACGGACCACUCCAAGUGGGAAUGGGUCCCUGGGAUGA